GUGUCUUUUCUCAAGCAUACAUUAUGAUCGGGUUGCUUUUGUAUACAAAGGAAUUUAAAUACUGAGAGCUGAUUUUCAUGCUCUCCCGAGAGAGGUUGACCGACUGUCAUUUAGCUUUUUCCGCUAUACUUUGCUAGCUGAAUUGUUUGAUUCUGUUCAACCAGUUGGAUAUUCUGUUACCUAAAGUUCACGCAGUGGGUUACCAACACAGACAAGAACACAAUGGCUAACAGCACCGUAGAAAGUACUCGUAAUAACACAAGCGACGAGAAAUGGAUGUCGUAUCUCCCAUCCGAGUGUAUUCCGUGGCUCGUCCUGCUCAUCACGGAAUGCUUGGCUAUAGUCAUCCUAAAUACCGUUAGUACUGCUGUACUCUUGAAGAAGCACCACCUGCAGCGCAGGGGUACAUGCCUGAUCAUCCACCUGGCGAUCGUCGAUCUCCUAGUAGGGGCAGUGGCAGGUCCUACGUUUAUUCAACGGGUUGGGGCUACUUGUAACCUGUGGGAGAGGGCAGUCUGGUCUGAGAAGUACUCUUAUCUAACGAUAGCAUUGGGGCAGUCUCUCCCUUAUUUAUCGCUUUUGAAUCUCGCUGUUAUUUCAUUAGAGCGGGCACAUGCAACGUUUUUUCCUUUCAAGUAUCAUGCCGUUAAGAAAUGGGUCUAUGGAGUUAUAGUUACCGUAACUUGGUUGAUGUCGGCGACUGCUGCGCUGGUGGGAAAAGAUAUAGGCACUAAAGGCCGCCACACAAUGUAUUUUUCGUUUUUUUCUGUUCUUCUUUUUGUAAUUUCCGUUUCUUACAUCUCGAUUUUUAACAAAGUACGUUUUGGUUAUCGUUUGCCAAAUCAGGGUGCAGCAAGUGUGAGGGAAAGGAAAUUAACGAGUACGUUAUUUAUGGUGACUCUUGCCUCCAUACUGACUUGGUUUCCAUUGAUAAUUGGGCGAAGCCUAAACAGUUUUAAUCCCCAGUUACUUAAAAAGCUCAACCAACGACUAGCCUUUCACAUGUACAGCGGUGUAUUGGUGUUAUACCUCGCCAACUCGCUGAUAAAUCCUAUAAUCUACGCCAUGCGACUGCCAGAAUUAAGACAAGGUAUUAUGAAGAUCGCAUUUUGCCGAAAUUCGAACAGUUCAAACCAGGUCGACUCACCUCUUCGUAAUCUGUGAUUCAGUUCUCGUUUUUCUAACUGUAAGAGGUAAUCGUUAUAUAGUGUUUACGUAACUCCUUCGUAUAGUGUCAAUGCAUUAUCCAACCAAAUGGUACUGAUAAUAGACAAAUAUAUUAAUGCGAAGGGCGUCUUAGUUUAACAUAAAAUCUCCAAGCUACUUUCAACGAAAUUAGACGUUUAAAAGGGAAGACGGAUCAGAAGUCCCGAUAUUGGAGUUAAAGAAUUAAAAUAACAAAUUAAUACGGGGGCGACAGGGUUGGUUUGUAUUUGUUUAUGAAUUCUAAUAUAACGUGGACUUGCAUUAAGAAUGAAAUCGUUCACAACAACUCGUAUGUUUUUGUCAUCUACGUCCAACAGGAAACUUAAAUAUAUACGCUAGUUGUGAGACGAGUGAUGUGCCGCGUGUAUAUAUUAUUGAAAUAGAUCACUUGACUUUAAACGUAUCAAAACUCAGCAAAAAAACUG